AUCACGCCUGGCCGUGAUUUGAUUUUUAAUGAUGCUACUAUUGACUUAUAAUGUUGCCUAUAUCACUUACUUAGAACAUAGAUGGGCAUGGUCAGAGGUUGGGUGGGGUUUUUGUGGUUUGGUUAUUAGGUUUGGUUUUGACUCAUAGCCAAAGGUACACGUAACAGCUAACUGGCUAACUGAGAAAUGAAAACCAGUAGCUGCAGAGACCCAGUUAACUUUGGAAACUCAUUCUCAGCGGCAACCUAUAAAUACCUAGAAAAACCACUCAAAUUUUGUGUCCCACUAUAGGUGGUUAAUAGGAUCAUCUUCAUAUUUGAAGGACGGUACAUUACUGAGCUACAAUGAAUAGGUCAUUUGGUUUCCUGCCACAUAAAACUAAUUAUUUGACCAAAAUUGUGUGUGUAUAGCACUGCAUAUAUCAAUUACUCUUACAAAAAAAUACAGAAGAACAUGGAAAGGGAGAAGUUGAUAUAAUGCCUAUACUUCAUUGAGUGAUAAGAAUGAAUUACCACACUUAAAUAUCCAGAGAGGAUCAGUAAGUAACCUGUUUAUGCCAAGCUCUCUCAGUUCCCCCACAAAACUAUCACAUUUAUGAACUCACAUCCCACUCAAGCCAGAAAAUCCCAGAUGUAACAAAAAAACUUCACUGCUUAUGACACAUGUACAUGUUUAUGCCAAGUAUUCUACAAAUAGUAUAGGCUAGGUAUAUAGCAACGCAAAUGAGAAAUGUCACAAGGUUAAAACUCUCUUUAAAUAAUUCCUUUUGAGUUCCCGACCGCGGGCGAUGGCUGCCGCUGGGGGCGCCCGGCUGCUGUGCGCCGCUUCUGCGGUCCUCGGUGACCUGGCCGGCCGGUGGCUGCACCACGCCAUGUCCCGCACUGGAGCCAGCGGCCUGCUGAGGAGCCGGGGGCUGGGCGGGAGCGCGGAGGUGAGCCGGCCGCUGAGCGUGUCGGCAGGGGCGCGGAGCAGCUCAGAAGAUAAAAUAACAGUCCACUUUAUAAACCGUGAUGGUGAAACAUUAACAACCAAAGUUGAAGUUGGUGAUUCUCUGCUAGACAUUGUGGUUGAAGGGCGCAAAAAUAAUCUAGAUAUUGAUGGCUUUGGUGCAUGUGAGGGAACCCUGGCUUGUUCAACCUGUCACCUCAUCUUUGAAGAUCACAUAUAUGAGAAGUUAGAUGCAAUCACUGAUGAGGAGAAUGACAUGCUUGAUCUGGCAUAUGGACUAACAGAUCACGGGUUGGGCUGCCAAAUCUGCUUGACAAAAUCUAUGGACGAUAUGACUGUUUGAGUGCCUGAAACAGUGGCUGAUGCCAGACAAUCCAUUGAUGUGGGCAAGACCUCCUGAACUACAACAAAUAGGAAUAUUUUCAUGGAAUUUUACCUAUUUUUAUAAUUAUUAUUUCUUAAAGUGAUUAAAUGAGAACAUGGAUGAGUGGACUUCAUAUUAUGACUAGCUUUACUAUUUUAAUUCACCUUGUAUAACUACUGAAUUUUGUCAUUCUUGAAAGUAUGUAAUUUUUAUUUUGGUUAUAUUACAGAA